AUGGAACCCAAGGAAAUUGAUCACAACAGCCUUCGAGGCCAUGCCUCUCACGAGGAUUUGGGCAGACCCAACCGAGCCGUCGAGGCACUCCGCCACCGCCAAAGAGGUCGUACUCCGUCGCUCCUCCUUUCCCCUCCUGAGACAUCACCACUGAUUACUCUGGACGAUGUCCGUCAAGGCUCAUCCCGUGAUCUUCCUCAACUCAAUAACCCAGCCCAGCCCCAUGAGGACAGAUUCACUGGCUCGAGUGAGCCCGGCUCUUUCUACGAUCCCAGCCGUGAGGCACUGAUCAGGCUGGAGUCCGACCUCAAUAGAUGCUACCGAGAAAGGUGGAUGCAGUAUUACAACGCAGGUGAGCGAGGUAGAUGCCGAAGCAGGAGCCCUCGCCGCUCAGACCAGAUUUCUCGUCUACCUGAAGGCCAAGAAGUGAGGAUGAGCCCAUGGGUCGCAGUCAAUGACUUUCCGCGUGAGCCCUACGUUCCUCCCCAGCUGGCCGUACUCAGCUCGCCGCCUCAUACAUACGCACCAAGUGACAACGAGAAUGGUCAUGCUCGGCCAAUGGAGCUAGAGGAUGCCAGCCACCCAUUCAACCAAGUCUCGCCGCUUGAAAUCCACCACAGCCAAGGAUUGGUACGGAAAUCGGAGUCUCCAGAUGCACAGGAGACACCCCAGAAGGGGAAUACCAAGCCAGAAGAAGGACAGCUGUGCGAGUUCGCCGCACCCUGCCAGAUGCACCCGUCACCCGACGGGAUGCACUAUCGAAAGGUCGUGUCCCACGUCUUCGGCCGCAACAAAGCUGUAACCAAGCUCUUCCCGCUCGGCGUCUGGGUCCAUUACUGUCGCAAGCAUUACCAGCGCGCCCGAUACCGCGCUGACCAAUGGCCCUUCACCCAGUGCGACCUCUUAUCAGAGUCCCUGGAUCGAAUGGAGCGGUGGAACGGAGUUCUCCACUUCGAACUCAUCCUCCGUCGACGCGAGCAGCUUCGCGUCGAACAUGACUCUGAGGCCCGGCUUGCCGAGGACGAAGAUGACCAGCGGGCCACCACAGCCAAUGGGCAUGUCCACCCGAUGGCCAAGAAGCCCAGGACUCCUGGUGGACGCUGCCGCAAGCAUCCAACCAGCAUCGUCGCGCCGGUUCCAAACUGGCUUCGUCGCCACGUCGGCGAUGGGAAGAGCUUUGACGAGAUCCGGCGGAUCAUUGAAUUGAUCCGCCGGUACAUGACCCAGCUCCGGGACCAGGAGAUUGCCGACUCCAAGGAGAUCGAGGAGUCGUCCAGCUACCCGACAACUCCUCGAUCCGGUCUGUCAUCGAACCGGAGGAAGGGUGGCCGCAAGGCCGACUUGGCUGACCGCCAUCCUCUGCGGCAGCGCGCGAGCAGUGUCCGGUUCCCGGACAUCGAGAUCCUUCCCCACUUCAAACCGUGGGUGAAGGAAGCUGCUCUCAGACAGCGGGCCGCCACUUCAUCUGGCAGUCAAGAUGCCGGGACUGGGGAGCGAGCGACUCCAGCAGCUCCCAGGGGGGACCAUGGGGACGACUAUGGAGACGGGGGUUCCAGCAAGCCCGGCACGCGGCCGGUAGCGGCGCGCUGGAUGGAGCGGACGAUGCCGCGCGCCGUGCCUAUGCGCACCCGGAUCCCUCGAGCGCUCGACACCAACGGCCUGCGUACAACCCGUCUGCCAACGGGGUUGGUGGGAUCCCUGCGGCAGGGCAGCAGUUCCAGGCCGGCAUCGGCCGGGCUGGCACCAACCGGGGUCAGUCCGAGAGCCAGCGGCGUCGGAGUGAGAGGGUCUAUCUAA